AUGAGUGAAGAUUUUUUGCAUCCGCCGUUCCAGACGUAUCCUUCAAAGGACAGUGAAGGGAAAAAACAUAUUGUCAUUGUAGGCGGUGGCAUUAUUGGUUGCUGUACAGCAUACUACCUGACACAGCACCCAAGUUUCAGUCCUUCCACUCAUCACAUUACCAUAAUCGAAUCAAGGCGUAUUGCUGGAGGAGCUUCUGGUAAGGCAGGCGGUUUGCUUGCAUCUUGGGCCUUCCCGCAUCAGAUCGUGCCCCUGAGUUUCCAACUACAUCAGGAAUUAAGCGACCAGUAUGACGGAGAGAACAACUGGGACUACAGAAGACUAACGACCGUCUCCUUAGAAGCUGAUGUGCGGGAGGAAGUACUCAAAAACUACGAGAAACUGAGCAAGAAGGCAUAUAACCUUAAUGUCCCACCUCCAAAGAAAAAACCGGGCUUUAUAUCCAAUAAGUUUAACAUCGGAGACUCGAGCUCAUCCUUAAGCUCUUCCGCAUCUUCUUCAAAGAACGAAUACACUAGCAACGAAGAAGAAGGAUUGGAGAUGCACGCUUCUGGCUCAGUGCCUAGCUUACAUUCCUUAACAAAUGAACGUAUGAAGAGCCAUACAAAUAGCAUGUCCGACCUUGAUUCUGUCAGUCCCGCCGAGCAAUUAAGGGAAAGUAAUAUUCAUAAUCCUUUGCCAACUGAUUUGAGCUGGAUAAGAAGAGAAUUGGUAAACGAUUGGUCAUCGCUAGGUGGCACCGACACUACGGCGCAACUUCACCCUUACAAGUUCACCCAUUACAUGCUGUCGAAAGCAAUGGAAACAGGUGCUGUUGAUCUUUUACUGGGGAAAGUGGUGGGAGUCAAGCGUGACGAAAUGGACUGCGUUCGUUCCCUUACGUACCUUCCUUCGGUAGUGAAAAAUCGCAGGAAUAGUAAAGGCCAAGCAGAAAGUCCAGAGAUUAAACUGGGUACCAUAUUCAACGAUGAAAAUGCUAAACCCAUCGAAAUCAAUGAUAUUCAACAGAUCGUGUUGAGUAUGGGGCCCUGGACGUCCAAAAUUUUGAAAGAUUGUCCAAUCUCUGGAUUGAGAGCGCAUUCUAUCACUAUCAAACCAAGCGAAAAGACAGUGGCUCCGUAUGCCAUACUUGCUGAAUUAAAAGUUAAUGAGCGUGAAUUUUUCUCCCCUGAAAUGUAUGCAAGAAAAGACGAAGUGUAUGUUUGUGGUGAAGGUGACACUUUGGUAAACAUACCUGAAAGCUCCGAUGACGUUGAGGUGGUUACCGGGAAAUGUGAUGAGCUGUAUCAUUACGUAUCCAAGUUGUCCCCAACGCUAUCAAAGGGCCAUAUUUUGAGGAAGCAGGCAUGUUUUCUACCGGUGUUGAAUGUUCCUACAAGUUCAGGUCCCCUGAUUGGGGAGACCAACGUAAAAGAUCUCUAUAUCGCAAGCGGUCACUCCUGUUGGGGUAUCAACAAUGCGCCCGCGACAGGCAAAUUAAUGGCGGAAAUUCUACUUGAUGGUGAAGCAACUUCUGCCGAAAUCUCAAGUUUGGAUCCAAAGCUAUAUUUCGACGCUACCAUUCUCUCAUAA